CUGACUUUCUCGAUGCUAAGGGGACUCAUCAUGUUUAUGGCGGGUUUUGGGAAAGAUUUUACAAUCAUCCAUCAAGUCUAUCGAUUCAGACGAUAUGACACAGCAUGCAAAAUGGACGCGUAUUCUUCUCUCGAUGGCAGUAAAAAAAAGCGAUCCUCAAGAUCUACUUCAAUGCAUGACGUCUGUCAUAGAACAAGAAGCGUAUAAAAAGGUAACCUAUCCUCAUGAGGAGCUCUAUUACUUGAUUGUGGUAGCUUGGAAUGAAGGUAUCACGUGUUAUUUAAAAUCAGAGGUACAACAGGGGCAGAACUGGUGUAGAAUGGCGUUUGAUCUAUUAAAAUACCUUAAAGAUGAUGUAACCAAAGCUCAGCUUGAAGCGCAGAUGAACGAAGCCCACAAAUUCUUUACUCAUACCUCUAUUGCGAGUGAAGGAAAAGAAGAGCAAGAAGACACAGAAAAUGGAUGGCUGUAGUUAUACAACAGAUAAAUGGUUGUUUGCUAAUAGACUCACUCUAAAGGAGUUGGUUACGUAUAUUCAUAGCUGCCUAUUUUCAAUACAAUUG